AGUGGCUAAAACAACUCGAGGGAAAUCCUGUUUCCUUAAUUAGAGAAUCGCAGCAAUUACCUCAUUAACGAACUUGCUUGGACCAGAAUCUUUUCUAACGCCGAUACGCCGGGAAAAUGUUGCGAUAUAUCUUGGCGGCUUGUUUGGUCGCCAUUGUCCAAUCGGCAUGUCCUGUUCGCCCAUCGAAUGAACAUUCCACCAGUCCUAGGACUCCUGGAGAUGGAGGAUACCAGAUCCUGAUGAGCGGAAAGGACAGCACUUACAUCGCGAAUGCCGUUUACACGAUCAGUCUUCAAGGGUCGCGCACCCACGAAAGGCUUCAGCAAUUCACGAGAUUCACGCUCUCUUUGGAUUCCCAACACUCACCUAAAAGCUCGAAUGCCCGAGUUGGAUUCUUCCAGCUGUUUUCCGAUUCGUUGACUUCCUUCAACGAGGACUGUGUCAACACGAUCUCCGAGGCGACCGACUAUCCGAAAUCGGAGAUCCAAGUUAUGUGGAAAGCUCCACCUGCUGGAUCUGGAUGUGUCAUCUUCAGCGCCAUGGUUUUGGAGAACCGUGAUCGGUGGUUUGCUGAGGACGGAGGACUAACCAAGACUGUCUGCGAAACCAGCGCUUCAGAAAUCGAAACGGCCGAAGAAAGAUGCUGCGCCUGUGACGAGGCCAAGUAUUCCUUGAUCAUGGAGGGUAUCUGGUCCAACAUAACCCACCCCAAGGACUUCCCCUUCUCAGCCUGGCUGACUCACUUCAGCGACUUGAUCGGAGCUUCCCAUGAAAGCAACUUCUCCUUUUGGGGUCGGGAUCACAUAGCCACCGACGGUUUUCGACAACUAGCCGAAUGGGGAUCAGCCUCAGGGGUGGAAGCUGAACUCAGGGAGAAAGCGAGACACCUGAAGACGCUGAUCAAAGCUGCUGGGUUGUGGUAUCCGGACGUCAACACGAACACCACCACUAACUUUAAGGUGGACCGGAACCAUCCCCUGGUCUCGGUGGCGUCCAUGUUGGGUCCAUCGCCCGACUGGGUGGUCGGCAUCAGCAAGUUGAACCUUUGCCAAAAGGACUGUUCAUGGGCGAAGAGCAUGAUCAUCGACCUGUACCCCUGGGACGCCGGUACCGAUAAUGGUAUCAGCUACAUGUCUCCAAACUCGGAGACCAACCCGCGGGAGAAAAUGAAGCCCAUCACCACUUCUUACCCUGAAGACCCCAGGUCGCCUUUCUACGAUCCUACUGGAAAACCGAUGCUACCCUUGGCUAGAAUGUAUCUAACCCGUGAAGAGAUCAUCCCUCGAAGCUGCAGCGAAGAUGCCCUGAGGCAACAGAUCGCUGCCCUGGAGGUUGCCGAAAACACCGAACAGAUUCCUAGGCCCGAAUGUCAGACGACUGAGUACACCCCGUGGUCCCAGUGUUCUGUAACCUGCGGGAAAGGGUUAAGGAUGCGAACCCGACAGUACAGGAUCCCUCAGAAGGCAGCCAUGAUGAACUGUAACAGACAGCUUAUUUCCAAGGAGAUGUGCGUGGCGGCUCUGCCAGAGUGUCCAGGUGAAGAGGAAAGUAGAGGUCUGCAGAUCGACAAUGACGCGGUUUGUGAGACGACGGAAUGGGGUCCUUGGUCGGAAUGCUCCGCGACUUGUGGGAUUGGGAUCAAAAUGCGCACCAGGAGAUUCAGGGACAGAUUGAGUCGCAAGAAGUGUCCUCACAUUUCGUUGGUUGAGAAGGAGAAGUGCAUGGAGCCACCUUGUGCACCUGGAACGGAAGAACUCCCAGAUCCUAUCUGCAAGGUUACGGAUUGGUCAGUCUGGUCUCCUUGUAGUGCCACUUGCGGUAAAGGAGUGAAACUUAGGACGAGGUUGCUAAUGGUCGAGCCGUCUCUGCAAGAGGAAUGUUCCGGUAGAGUGGAACUUCUUCAGCAAAGGCCUUGCCUGGAGCAGGCGGAUUGCACCUUCGACAUGGCAACGGCAAAAGUGGUGUGCAUGGAAGAGGCUGACCCUGGACCCUGCAGAGGCUACUUCCAGAGGUGGGCUUUCGACUCGCGAAAACUGAUGUGCGUGCCUUUUGCAUAUGGCGGCUGUCGUGGAAACAGGAAUAAUUUCCUGACUACGGAUGAGUGCACCAAUACUUGCAGCGUUGUGAGAGCUGCCCUCACGGGACAACCACUUCUUCGAGGUCCUAAUUUUGGCGAACAGCCCUCGAGAGCUUUGAUCCUACCUCCUGUGGAUUGCAUGGUCACUGAUUGGUCACCUUGGUCUCCUUGCAGUGUUACCUGCGGUACAGGACGCGUUACCAGUUUUAGGAUGAUCAAACGUCAAGCCGAAAAUGGCGGCCAAUCCUGCCCAAGGAAACUGCAGCGCAAAGCACGGUGUCAACUCGCCCCUUGUAAUUAAUUAAUUCAAUGUAAACAAUGUAUAAAGCAUGUAAUAUUUAGGGCCGAGCAAUGAGAUAUUCAUUGCAGUGCUAUCUUGUAAAACUCAUCCGUUUCUGAUAGCAGACCUUAGAUAUAAAAAUAAACUCGGCUAUUUUCCAACUAAUUAUAAACGUUCAUUCGUUGUUGGUUGAUUGAAAGUUUAUGAAGAUUUUUUAAAAAGUAGCUUUUCUACCGACUCGGAUACGUUGAACGUUCUUGGUCGAUUGUACAGGGGUGAAGGGUAGCCAAUAAACUGAUGUAUCAGAAUAAA